UAGCGCGCGCCAGAUUGGAACUAACGAGAGAAGUGCGGAGAAGGAAUGUUGCGGGCUGUAACGGAGGAAGGGCACACGGUUCUGGACAGAGGGACCUUGUGAGGAGCUGAAGUAGACCGGAAGUAACCGCAGGGGCAUGUACUUGUGAAAAGGGGUGUCAAUCAUUCCUGCUUUCACUAGAAGCUUCUUGUGGAAGACUUAUUAGAUGCUGCGUUCAGUAAAAUGUGUUAGAGUCCACGCAUGAACAGUCUUUUUAUUUCUACAGACCCUAACUUCAUGCAAAAUAACAUGACUGAGAUGUAUCAAGAAGAGAUCGCGUCCUUACAGGAGGAGAUUCUUGAACUUACCCAAAAGUACAAGGAUAAUCAGAAGGAGGUUGCUUUCCUGUCCAGAACCAACUUAAAAAAGGCCCUAUUGUCAUAUCGCGGAAAAGAAAUAACUGAUGGUGAGCGCAAACACGAUUCUGCCGUAACGAAGCCUGAGCUUUCCCACUAUGAAAGCGAAGUACAAUUCUUUAACAAGAUCUGUGGGACGGAGUUCACCAAGUACUUCAAGAAAAGGGAGCACAAAAGUGAGAACGAAGUCCUGUAUAAACAUAGGCUGUUGGGUCGGUGUCAGUCGCUCUCGUUCCAACUUGAGUUUCAAACGCUUGAUUCAAAGGUACAAGAGUCUGGUAGCUGUGAAGUUACUGAUCUGAAUAUUAUCUUGGGAUGCAGAGAAAAUUCCAGUUUAAGCAAGUUUGUAUCUCGGACUGAGGAGAGGAAGAGUUUAGUACUCUUUUUCCGAACCCUUUCCAGCUUUGCAGAGUGGUGCGAAUAUCGCAAACAGACUUUUGUCCGUUUUAAGGAAAAGUAUCCAUCCGCUGUUGGACUUCCCCUUGGAUCCUCUGGUGAAUAUGUGGCCCUAAGAAACCCAAAGCUUCCUGGGUGUGAGCUGCUGCUGGUUUGGAAAAUUGAAAUUGAUGAAGAAGGAGCUGUGUUACCAGUCUUGGAUUUGUUGCCCAAAAUGCCAGAUCAAGCUUUAGCCCUGGAUAAAAUGAAGGUCAUAGAGGAAGCUGCCACGGGUUUUAGAAACCUACUACAGGCCUUUGGAAUUGAAAGCUCAAUUGAAAACAUCAUUCGAGUCUUCUGCUUGCCUGAAACAGAAAUGUCAACGUAAACUUUUUGGCCUGGUUUAACUGUGUUACUUGUAAUGAUUUAUAUCAUAGAUGUUUUCAUAAUUUUCCCACUCAUAAAUGUCCUAAUGAC